CCCCACAACUGAACAAUGAUUAACAACCCUCCGUACUUUAAUAUGGAGAUAAAUUAUUAACAGUGGGCUGUGCCUUGUCCCAGGUUGUAAAAAGAUGACUGUUAGAGUCCCCGCAUUCUCCUUGUCAAGGCAGGAAAUGUGGAGGAGAAUGUCAUCUCAGGCCACUGGCCUCUAAGACUCAAAGAUGUGGCGGGCUCCAACCGGGAGCGGGAGCGGGGUAACAGACAGCAGCAAGGCCACAGCUACAGAACUCUUCUAUGUCUGGAGAUGAACACUAAGGAUGCUUUCCAUAUGAACCCUGAAGUGAAUCUCUGAUACGUUUCCUGUGGAAAGAGAGGGGCGCCAACAUGAAGGAAAAUGUGGCAUCCACCCUGGUUUUCAUUUUGCUACUUUUUCUCAACACCAACCUUCUGAAUGGACAGUCACCUCCAGAAAAACCCGAGAUCUUUAAAUGUCGUUCUCCUGAAAAGGAAACAUUCACCUGCUGGUGGAAGCCCGGGGCAGAUGGAGGACUUCCUACCAAUUACACACUGACUUACCACAAGGAAGGAGAGACAGUCACCCACGAAUGUCCAGACUACAGAACUGGUGGCCCCAACUCCUGCUACUUUAACAAGAAGCACACCUCCAUAUGGACAAUAUAUAUCAUCACAGUAAACGCCACCAACCAGAUGGGAAGCAGUUCCUCGGAGCCACGCUACGUGGACGUGACUUACAUAGUUGAACCAGACCCACCUGUGAACCUGACUUUGGAAUUAAAACAGCCAGAAGACAGAAAAUCAUAUCUGUGGAUGAAAUGGUUUCCACCCACCCUGGUUGACAUCAGAUCUGGUUGGCUCACACUCCAGUAUGAAAUUCGAUUAAAACCUGAGAAAGUAGCUGAGUGGGAGACUCAUUUCGCAGGGCAGCAGACUCAGUUUAAGAUUCUCAGCUUAUAUCCAGGACAGAAAUACCUUGUCCAGGUUCGCUGCAAGCCAGACCAUGGAUUCUGGAGUGAGUGGAGCCCAGAGAGCUCCAUCCAGAUACCUAACAACUUCUCAACAAAAGAUACAACCGUGUGGAUCUUUGUGGCCGUUCUUUCUGCUGUCGUCUGUUUGAUUAUGGUCUGGGCAGUGGCUUUGAAGGGCUAUAGCAUGGUGACCUGCAUCCUUCCACCGGUUCCUGGGCCAAAAAUAAAAGGCUUUGAUACCCAUCUGCUGGAGAAGGGCAAGUCCGAAGAGCUUCUGAGCGCCCUGGGAUGCCAGGGUUUUCCUCCCACUUCGGACUGCGAGGACUUGCUGGUGGAGUUCCUGGAAGUGGAUGACAGCGAGGACCAGCAGCUGAUGCCAGCGCACUCAAAAGAACACCCAGGUCCAGGCACCAAGCCCACACACCUGGAUCUGGACAGUGACUCGGGCCGGGGCAGCUGCGAUAGCCCUUCCCUUUUGUCUGAAAAGUGUGAUGAACCUCGAGCCCCUCCCUCCAAGUUCCACCCUCCUGAGGGCAUGGAGAAGCCAGAGAAUCCGGGAACGAACGUGACCCGCACCCGAGACCCUCAGAGCACAAGCGUGGAAGGCAAAAUCCCCUACUUUCAUGCCGACGGAUCCAAAUCUUCAACGUGGCCUUUCUCGCAGCCCCCUGGCAUGCACAACCCCAGAUCUUCUUACCACAACCUUGCUGAUGUAUGUAAGCUGGCCCUGGGCACGGCGGGUGCCUCAGCCACUUUGUUGGACAAAACAGACAAAUAUGCUUUAAAACCCUCGAAAACCACUGAGGCUGGUGGGGAGAGAAAGGCCGCCGAGCAGAGGGAGUUGGAAAGCUUCCAUUCCAAGACUGACCAAGAUACGGUGUGGCUGCUGCCCCAGGACAAAACCCCCUUUAUCUCUGCCAAGCCCUUGGAGUACGUGGAGAUCCACAAGAUCAGCAAAGAUGGAGCGCUGUCCUUGCUCCCCAAACAGAACGAGAACAGCAACCAGGCGGACAAAGCUGGCGCUCCUGAAACCAGCAAGGAGUACUCGAAGGUGUCCCGGGUGAUGGAUGACAACAUCCUGGUGUUAGUGCAGGAUCCUCGAGCUCAAAACCUGGCUUUGUUUGAAGAGCCAGCCAAGGAGGUCCCGCACUCCCUGCCACAGAAUGCAGCUGAGAAAGACCUGGUCCCCUUCCCCGCAGGGCCAAGCCACCGCAGACUCCAGCUGGGCGGCUUGGAUUACCUGGAUCCCGCGUGUUUUAUGCACUCCUUUCAGUGAUAGCUUGAUUCACGAAAGGAUGGGUUAGAAUGUGAUUUCUCUUCAGGUAACACUACAGAGUCCGUGAAAUGCACUCUACCAGAGAAUGCUCCAGCAUGGGGUUAGAAGGACACUACCAAAACUCAGAAUUCACUCCUUUUCACGCUCCAUUUUCAACCGGUUGCCUUUCUCCAACAGCUGAUUCCAGAACAAAUCAUUUUCGUUUCCUGUGAUUUGUAGAUUUACUUUUUGCUCUUAGUAACAAAAUUAUGUGUUCAAUGAAACAAAAGCACAUUGUCUAGUACUGUUUAGAGACAGUACCAAUAGGUAUAGCCUCUGAAAAAGGCUUUCAUGGUUCAGUACGUUGCAGAAGGAAAUGAAAUCGUCAGAAUUGUUUACCACAGGAAGAUGGUAGAUACAAGGAAAACGCCAUGAAAACUGCUUUUGAAAACCAGUUGCUCAACCUUUGCACUCCUCCUUCAUUUUAUUACAGUUAACUAAAUACGAUCCAUUUAAAGAAAGAGUGCAUUCCAGAACACCUGACAAAUUGUUUACAUCAGUUCCUAUUAUCACGAUGAUGCAUUGCCAAUUUGUAAGUAAAAAGGAUGCCUCCAAUUUUUUCUUAAAAUAGUUUGAAUUUGUUGAGCAUGGAUUUUCCCCCUAAAUUAUAUUCCAUUCUAGAGCUUCUAGAGAUUAUAGUUUUAGAAAGUGAAAUAUUCUUACACAAGAGGCAAAUGAGUUUCAUGUGACAAAUCUUUCUGAAAUAUUUUCUUGCUUCAUUUUAGCAUGAUAGAUAAUUUAUUAUACCCCCUAGUCUUCUGUUAGUAAAAAAAAAAAUCUCAAAAGACUAACCUUAAUUUAAAGAAUCACAGCAGGAUGCUGAUGGAAGUACUGCCUUACUGUAUAUACAAACUGCGCUUUAACAUAAACCCGUAAGUUUAACAGUGUAUUUUUGAAGACUAUUUUUCUAUCACUUAGGUAAAAUAAAAGACUAUUUUCUAUCUUCCCAGUACAGCUGUUUACGUUUUCAGUGGGGGCAGGAUUUUCUGCUACAAGGUGAUAAUGAGUAUUUCCAGGACACAGUAGUAUAUGCAGUCCCUGUUUGUGGAAUAAGAUGCCAUAUCAACGCAAAGGCCACUGAGGAAUAGGAAGUGGGUGACAAUAUUCAAUUUCCCACACAGUGCAGUUAGUUUAUCUGAGUCUUACUCUUCAGGAUACUUUAAGCAACAGUCACCGGCCCAGAGUUUCAGGGCUCUCCACAGACCACAAAUUACUUCUCCUGUGAUUUGGGGCUUCUUGGGGCUUCUGCUCUUCUCUAGGUAGAUACACAUAAAGCUCCCAUGAAAAGGGGGAGUGGUGACAUCUAACAUACUGUUUUAGAGAGAGGGAUUUUGUUUUGUUUUUCUGAGCAAUCUGGAGCAACAAAGACAUUUUAAGUAAAGCCAGGAGUUUGUAUCUCUUGGGAGCAGAUCCAUUUGCAAAAUUUUGGCAGAAGCAGAGACAGCACUCAUGUCAGAAGUGUCCAAAUCCAAGUUCCAAGAAACCAGGCAUUUGUGGAACAGUGAGAACAGCUGCAAAGACCAGGGUCUGGUAGUUAGAAUCUCCAAGUCAUUUCCAAGGGCAGGCUCUCCAAGAGCAAUCAAAAGCCUGGAUCUCCAUUUUAAAGAGAACAUCCAUGACUCAUCCAGCUGUCCGCCUCUGUCUUUCAUUUCACCUGAUGUCAAAUCCAUUUCGAUGUCCACUCACUAGCUGGGACAUAGAGAAUUUGAACUCUCUCUGUGAGUUAAAUAUUCAGCCCCAAUAAGUCCAUGAUGAUACAAGCUGGACUCAGAGGUAGCCUGAUGUUUGAAAGUGAACACAUUGCCAGGGCUUCCAGAGUUGCAAAAGUAGUAACUCUGAGCUCUAUUCUCCCAGUAUACAAACAACAUGUUAAGAGUGACAGGAAUAUUUGGGAAAGUUGUCCAAGUUUAUUCAAUCCCCAAGACCCUUGCUACUCAAAAUACAGUCCAAGGGCCAGCUUUGUCACAUCACCUGGAUGCUGCUUGGAAAUGCAGAAUCUUGGUCCCGUUGCCCCAAACCUACAGAAUCAGAAUCAGAAUUUUCCUAAGAUCCCCAGAUGAGUCAUGUGCACAAUGAAGUUUGAGAAGCAUUGCCUAAAUGAUCAAUUCCACUGCAGGUUAUUUUAGUGUGUGGAGUGAUCCUCUCCCAGAAAGUACAGGUCGAGUCUACAUGAUUUGCAUUAAACAAUACUGUGUGUUAGGAGAAGGCAUCAUUUUUUAAAAAAUCUAUUGGUGGUUUAGGAUUCACAUAAUAGUAGUGAAUGAUCCACAAAAGUACACACAACUUCUAAGAGGAUCAGGAAAUAUAUUCCACCUUGAGAAGCAUUGACCAAAGAUUCUUCCCUUCAAAGCCAGGACAGCCUAAACCUUUCCCAGAAUAGUCCAAUCUCCUCCAAGAUGUAAAUCAAUGACUCUGAUAGUACAAACAUUCAAAAAUAAUCUUCUCUUCACAUAUAAUUUGGUAUAUAUGGGGACAAAAUGUUAUGGCUAAAAAUUCACCUUGAAUUGAAUCCUUAAAAAACGCCAAUUAGCAAGUAAAUUACUACCACUCAUUCAGUAAAGCCAAGACCAUAAUUCUACGGUCAAUUAGCACUCUUUAUUAAAUUAUGAUCUAUUUUCAAUUAAGGAGUCCUGUAGUCGGAUGGAAGGAUGCAGAGACCCAGGUUCUAGUCCUAACUGUGUUGCCUUAGAGCAACUCCUUUCUCUGAGCCUCAGUUUCCUCUGAAGGAAAUGUUAGACCAAAUAAUCUCCAAUGUCUUUUUAAACUCUGACUCUUUGAUUCCACGACUCACUAAAUAGUUUCCAACAGUGAUUAUUAACCGAUGCUUUGUAUCUUAAUUCAGCUAACAAAUUAUCUCCCUUCAUUAAAGAAAUACAAGUCCUCUUCAAUGAUGUGCUCAUUUUAUUUCACUUUUAAAUCAUCAGCUCCAAUUGUUCCUAACAUACUGCACAUGCAUUUGAUCAAUAUUUUAGGUACAGACUCAAAGUCCGUUAGUAAAUCCAGGCUAUGUUGAAGACUUGGUUGUGGAGGUCUCAAGUAGAAACUUAGAAAGACAAAAAAGAUUGCUUGUGAGCUUAUGAUCUAACCAGAAGUUCUGUGUAUAAUAAUGGUCUGGACUUAUGGUCAGCACAUAUAUCAUAUGCAGAUCAAAUAGGAGUUGUCUCCCUAGCCUUGAGUCUUUCAGGAAGGUGAAUUUUGGUCUGAGACCAUUAUGGCAUCUAUUUCAAUGAAAGGAAAAGACAGAACGAUAGAAAAUAAGAUGUUUGCAGAGGUUUGAGCAUCUCAAGAGUCCACAAAAGGCUGAGCGUAGCCUGUUAACCCCAAAUCUGAUUGGAAGUAGUGACUCUAAUCUGCUCGGUGUUCUGAGUUUAUGGCUAAGAGAUGUCCAUAACUCACAGUGCCGUGUGCCCACCACCAUUUGUCCACAUCGAUUCCUUUGAUAUAUGCUCUGAUCUCAUGUCAGGAAGCACUUUGAUGUGUAAAGUGGAAAAGCAUACACUGUUCAUGUGGUUGUGGUCAGUGAGGAGAAAGACCUCUAGAUAAGCAGAGUCUGUUAGUUAACUUUUUACCUGCUGCUGAUUAAAAAGAAAAAAUGACUCUAUACACUUCAGUUACUGAAGUAGUACUAUGAAAAAUAACCUUUAAUAGUGAUGGUCAAAUUAUACUUCACUUCCAAAUACAGUCUUGAGUUUUUCCACACAAAUUUCACAAAUCUUGAGUGGGGAAAAUCUUGCCGUUAGGUUAUUUGAAAUUGAAAAACUUAGGGCCAGGAUGCUCCUGAAGAAGAAUUUGUUUUAUAAAAAUUCCUGAUAAAAUGAUUUUGAAGUUUGAAAAGUAACUACCUCCCCAUCUCAUCUUAAUGUCCUUCCUUCAAAGCUGCUUACCGUUUAGAAAUGAAAGACGUCGCGUCUCACACUUUGACUAUUUUCUGUGACAGAGUUUUGGUGUAUUUGCCAUGUAACGUUCCUGAUUUUAAAGUAACUGCUCUGGAAUUUUACAUUGUCUUGCUUUCUGUGGUUCAAAAACUAUAUGACACAUUGAAAUACCUAAUCCUCGUGUUGUGUAACUCACCAAGUAAUACAAAGGAAAAUAAUUGUUUAAUGACUUAGAAUCUAUCCAUACAUAUUUCAUUGUGUCUGUGUCUGGAAAACAAAACUGACAAAAAUAUGUAAUCAUAUAUUUCUAUUGAAAUCGUGAAUGUACUCAUUUUUUUCACAAUCUCUGUCUAGAGGUCAGUGUAAUUUACCAUCGCACAGCUGAUCUGGGGUAAAUGUUUUAAGUACAAUCCAACAAUUGUUUAUAUCCAGCAACCCCUCAGCUUUGCUUCAUGUGACCUGUGAUACUUCUUGGGUAUUAUUUGCACCAUGAGGCUCGUUUAGGGGCUUCAUCAGUCAUUUCAGAUAACUUCAGAAUCUCACAUGGAAACCAAAGCAGUCUAGAACCAACCUGUUAGGAGAGCUGUGUCUUCUGUAAAGCCAUAUGGAAGUGAAGGCCAUGGAAUAGCAAGUUUCCAUAUUUUCAAAGCUAUCACUACCUCUGCUUUUUUUCUCUCCCUAGAAAAUGCCAAGCAAAAUUCUUUAACAUUAUAUGAGAAAUUAGAAGUGAGUGUUACAGUAAUUUGCAGGGGUUUGGUUUGGUUUUGUAUUUACAUGAGAAGACAUCUUCUAAUUCACCAGUUUGUAAGUUUACACUAGAUUUUCUCAGUAACCAUUUUUACAUUUACUAAAAACUGGCUGACAAAUAAGGGUCAGAAAAUACAUAGGAAGUCACCAGAUGAAAAACCAGUAAAACCAUAGAUGCAGAUUUUUUCCUAACAGUGAGUCACCGCAAGGUGGUCAUCCAAAGCCAUGAAAAUGGUAUUUCUCACAAUUUGAUUUCCCUAAAGGCCCUAGAAAUCAAUCUUUUCCUCAUUUGAUUUUAAUCAUCAAAUAUAUUAUGAGGUGGGAAAAGUCAGCCCUACAUGAGAAAUAACCUUGUUUUGAUUUUAAAAACUCAUUUCUACAAGAACUUACUGUAUUUUUUUUUUAGCCUUAAAUAAUCAAAGACGACAGUGGUCAUCUGAUUUAUCUUGCAUCUUUAAUUCUGUAAAUCUUUGGUUAUUGCACAUUAUGCUUUCUGGUUUUCAUGGAUUUAUUCAUUUGUCUCCUCCCAUUUUGAUGGGACAACGUGGACACUUAAAUCCUUAUCAACAGUAUGGGAAAUAAUGCUAAUUGCUCUUACCACACAUCUUCAUUUUUACUGCAUGCCAAAAACAAUGCUUGCCAAACAAAAUCAUCCCAAUAUAAUAUGACCAUUAUAUUUCUCUUCAUGUUAUUGAAAAUAACCAAGCUCAGUGCCUGGCUCAAUAAACAUUUAUUCCCCUCGCCUUCCCUUCCUCCAUUUAUUUUUAUUUGAUAUGUAAAUAAGCAGAAUAACACGUAUGUGUGGCCAGAAACAAUUUUCUUGAUGGCUUUUUGCUGCUAAAGGAUCUAUAAAUCUAGAAAUUGUUUGUAUAAAUUGGACCAAAACAGUUUUCCUCCUUUAUCUUCACCCCUCCAUAUGAUUGCAAAACAGAAUUUCCCUCCUUCAUCCCACCCCUCACACAAGAAGCUGCUAAAAAUUAAGUGAGAGGGAACCAGGAACACAGGGAUCAGAUCAGAGAAGCUUAUUUAAAUAUUGUGAAAUAAAGGAAAAGCCAAGCCAUUAAAAACACGGAAUGCUUUUGAACAGUAUGAUUCAUCCAUAUGACUAACAGCAUUUUUUCAGACAAAAUUCAUCGGAUUAAAUGUAAAAGGAUAACCCUUUACUUUUAAUGGCUCUAGAUCUAGAAAUCUUUACCUACUGUUGAUGCUUGUGUGACAGAAUUAUGAGGUGGUGUGGGGUUGGCUUUACAAAUUCUUCUCUGCCUCCUAAAUUCUCUACAUGCCAUGUCUUACAGGGGAAUGAGAAAUGUCUUAUGUGAGCAUAACGCCCUAAAACUUGGCUUCUGUCAAAGAAGCAGUAACUCCUCCAUGAUUAUGUUGGUGCCAUCUGCCUUUAAUUAUUGGACACACUCUUUUGCUUUUAAACUGGAAAAAUUGGACUGUCAUUCACCAGACACAGCAUUCAUGUAAUUCAUGAUGAGCUGGAAAAGUCAGAUGUAGCUAAUUUUCCAAAUGGCUGCAUGUACUUUCCUAAAAGAAAACAGAAAUUUUACAUUGCCAUAUCUUGCCAGAACUGUAUCUGAAAACUUCAGCCCACCCAACUUUCUACAACUUACUAACCAAGUUUUACACAUUCUGAACUCCCCGAUUUUAAGGGACUGGGAAAUAUAAUAUCCAUUUAGUAGAAAUCUUAAAACCUUGGGGAUGGGGGUAGGGUGGGACUAUAGGAAAUGGGGUUAUUGCGAAGCACCUAAUAGGACCUUACCAGCCAGGGAAGCAGAUUCUUGCCAGAUUUUCCUGUGAAAAUCCUUCCAAAUGACGCAGGUGAGACUAUAUCCAUUCUUAAUAUUGUGAAGCAUAUUCUGCUUUGGAGGUCUUGACACCUAGAUUGGAAUUCUUUUGUCUACAACCUCACCUACUCACCCCACCCUGCAGCUUCUGCUGCCCAUACAAGUGUUAAGUAUUUUUCUCUUAUUACGAUCAGGUUCACAGUAAAACAUAUGCUUACAAAUGAACUUGAAGCACAGAUAUUUUUAUGAAUGUGAUAAAAUAUUUUUUUUAAGUAAAGACUAGAGGAUGUCGGUCAAAUAAAACACCUGGAUGUCAGUUGGGGAACACUGGUAUAAGAAAAAGGAGCUCAGGAAUUUUUAUUACUGUAUUUAUAAAUGUGUUUGAAAGAAUUUGUAAAUGUCACAGGCACAUUUUUAAGGUGACACACAUUCGCUCCAUAAAUUAUUAAAAAUUACAAGAUGAGCUUAAAUGACAUUUGCCAGUCGUUUUACUUCACAUAAUCAAUAUUGAUAUUGUUACUGAAAUGUGUAAAUUCAUGAUGUAUUUUUCAAUCCUUUUUCAGACCAACUGCUUUUGCAAUGGUAGCAAUGCUUAAUUUAAUUUGAAUCAAUAAAUUACUUCCUAAGCAAUGAU